ACCAAUCAGACACUUUAUUCACACCGAAGGCUGGAGUUUUAACCCUGCACUUCCAGUUAAAACAAACUGGGAAUAUUAUCUUAUAGCUCAAGAUUUUUAGCAUGGAAAUACGCAAGGCCAUAUCCUUCCUUCUUUAAUUCACUAAAUUAGUGAACUGUGAGCAAAACUAACCCCGAGGACAGUACAUUACAUUGUGAUUCGAUUUCCCUAAGUGUGUGUCAUGACAGUAAACAUAAACAGACACCAACGUUUUUACUUCCCCAGUAAUUUAGUCUAUUAGAAUCAAAUUUGACUUCCUCCUGCAUUUCUGUUGUUCUUUAAUUGCCCUUUAAGCUACUAUUUGGCCUAUAUUUAGCUUAUUUUACAAAUACAUAUUUGUAGGCAAUUCAUAAUAAAUGGGAUACUCAGGUGUAAGCCAUUAUAUGUGUUUAUUAAGCAAGUUAUAGGCCUAAAUAAAUUAAAUUGGCCUGAUUAAACUGAUAAUUGAAAACGUUUGCCUAUUUCUGGUGACAUAAGUAAGGUCUAAGUGUGAAGCUUUGAAAAAAAACGUUAUUGUAAAAUUAUACAAAUAAAAACUGGGGCGGCAGGUAGCCUAGUUGUUAGAGCAUUGGGCCAGAAACCAAAAAGUUUGCUAGGUUGAAUCCCCGACCUGACAAGGUAAAAUGAUGUCGUUCUGCACCUGACCAAGGCAGUUAGCCCACUGUUCAUAGGCCGUUAUUGUAAAUAAGAAUUUGUUCUUAACUGACUUGCCUAGUUAAAUAAAAAAAAUGGACGUGUAGUUCAUGUGAUCACAAAAUAUUCUGUGGACUUCCUAGUGAUCAAAAGUCCUGUAUUUUCUGCUGUUCACUCACAGAGAUGUGCUGUGUUUUGAUGAUAUCUCCUGACAUUUGCAUGCUACGCUCUGGAAAGGGCUAUGCUCUGGCAAGGGCUUAAAUCAAACGCCCGCGGUUUUGUUUUAGGAAUCCAGCAGCAUUCCUAUUGGUUCAGGGCAUCUUCCAACCAGAGUUUCUGUUUAUCGCGGGGCGCGCCUCAUGGACACGCUUCUCAUUGUAUUUAUCAAACCAAUGGGAGAGUGCGUUCCCCUACUGUCCCUCCUUCGCUCGUAGUUGAGUGGCACUAGCGGAUACAGUGGGAGAGUUUCUGUGUGGAUGUACGAGCUUAGAUUCACGAGAAGCCUGUACUUCUACGAUGCAUCUCUACACCUCAACUGCACACUACAAUCUGCAGACUAGGAUGUAACUAUUUCCACAUGUUUUCCUUUUUGUACGCCGCUUUUUUCCCUUUGUAUAUUUUUGUACAUUUUUUAAAAACAAUUAAUUGUUAUGCAAGGAAUAACUUACCAAACAUGACCGGGACAUACUUUUUGGUGGGCAAGGCAAAUACUCGAAUGAGUUCAAGACGACCUAUCCGAAGUUCAUAAAAGGGAUUAUUGAAUCUAGACAGCGUUCGAUGCUUCUGGCUUUUCCUCUGGAUUUGGGAUUUAUUGCUUCUCGACAGAAUGGAAAGCCGGGAUUUCGCUCCUCCACACCACCUCUUGACAGAGCCGGGCGCGUUGGUUCACCACGCCUCCUCUCGGAUAGCUUCUGGCGGCCGAGGCACAGUGCAGCACCCCGCUCACUUCCAGCCUGGAAAGUACUAUUCGUCUCACAUCGCCAUGGCCCCACAUUCAGGUGGUUCGUUCAUGGGCUCAUUUCUGGCGAGCAGUUUGGGCUCUCCCCCAUCUCACCCUGCCUCCCCUUCCUCCCCCUCCUACAGGGGAGGACCUCACUCCAGCGCCUCCCCCAUCUGGUUCCCUCACUCACAUGAAGGGUAUCCCCGGUAUUCAGGAGGUUUGACUUCCCCAUUUCUUCCCAUGAGCUCCUUGGAUCACCAUAGCAACAGCAGCAUUCUCUACGGACAGCACCGCUUCUACGACACUCAGAAAGAUCAUUUCUACUUGCGAAGCCUGCCGUCCCAGUCCCCUCUUCUCUCAACCAAUCACGGCCUUCCACCACUGUCUAGGACUGCCCCCGGACAUCCUCUGGGGUCCUGCAGCAGAGAAACAGACUCUGGGGGAGGAGGAGGUGGAGGGGGUCUCCAAAAGAGCUCCAAGGAACUGGGGAUGGUGGAAAAGAGUGUGUCGAAAGAGAGAUCCAUCAGCAAAGAGAGACAUCAUCAUCAACACCAUCAACAUCCGCGUCAUCCGUUCUCUCAACCCCACUCCCUCCCCACUCACAUGGGUGAGGAGGACCACAGACACAAAACCCCCAACCUGCCCACAGAAUACAGGGAUGACCCCGCAAACCAGGGCUCCAAACACAACUGUGCUCAACUUAGCAAACUAUCCAAUGGAGACUCUGUGUCCAAGGACGGGUCCCUGAACAGCUGUGGGAGUGGAGGGGGUAGCAGACCCCAGGGGAGUGGUAGUGGGGGGACGAGGCGAUGCUCCAAGGAAGGGGGGGUGAGCGGGGAGAUGAGGAUAAGCGAAACUCUCCCCUCCUCCUCGUCAGACUGUCUGCGUCGAGCAGCCAUGAUGGGACCCCACAACCCCCAUGCCAUGGCUUCCUACUCCAUGCCCCCGCCCCCUCCGCCACCCCUACACAUGGGCCCUGCUGUGGGAGGGGGCUGGCUGCACCACCCUCAUCACCCCCAUCACCCUCACCCUGAGUUCUACUGCCCCCCUGCCCCCGCUCCACUCACCCUCACCCAUCCUAAAGACGGAGUAUCCGGGAGGGAGGUAAAAGUCUCUGGCCCAACGUACAUCCCCUCAGUCGGGCCUUUAGGGGACAUGGGGUCCCCUGACUGCCAUGGUGCUGGAGGAGGAGGAGGAGGAGGAGGAGGAGGAGGAGGAGGAGGAGGAGAUAAGGGUGGAAAAGGAGGAGGAUCUAGUGAAAGUCUUCCUUCUCUUCAUCCUCGUCCUGAUCGUCCUCAGUCUAGUAGCUGCCAGAGGAAGCCGCCGUCCCAGACGCAGCAGCCACAACAGCAGCUGGGCUACUGCAAGGCAGACAAGCCCCCGGACUGGAACCAGAACCAGAACCACAACUACAACCAACACCACAGCCAGAACACCCAGCCCAACUCCCAGCCUCAGCCACAUAACCCUAACCGCCAGUCUGGGCCUCACUCUUGCAGCCUAGAGGCUUCUUCCUCCAGGGGAGACCUGGAGGUCUACCGGGCCUCCCUGCCUCUGGAAGCCCAGAGUGCUCACCCCAGGCCUGGGCACCAAGCCACCAAGACUGGGCCCAACGCCAGCACCCCGCCCUUCCGGGACUGUUCACACUCAGGUCCUCCUGAUGGAAAGGGGGGGUUGGGGGGGAGUGGAGGUGCUCAGAGAGAGGGACAGAAGGUUGCUAGGAUACUGCACCAGCGGCACAGUAGUCAUGGAAGCGGGUCGGGUUCUGAUGGAUCAGGGACUGAGAGGGGGAGAGAGGGGGGGAAGCAGAAUCAGAAGAGUGAGGGUGUUGUCAUGGGGUACAGGGGUCAAACUCCCCCCACGCUGCACCCCUGGGGGAUACCGAGGGGUCCCCAAGAAGACGAGAGGAGGAUCUCCCCAUACACAGAGUCCUACCCAGAUAACAAGACUCAAAACCACCACGAUCAACAGCACUGUAAGACAGCACCUCAUCCCUCCUCCCACUCCUCCCCCCACCCAGAAGGAGAGAGCAGCGCCAUGAAGAACCUGAUGAACUACAGUUCCCAGCAGCCUUUGCUGCUCUCCCAGAGGAGUCUCUUCGGGGGGCUGGGCUGCCUGAAGCCGGGGGGCGAGAAGGGGGGUAGAUCCAGCACCCCUCAGGAGCCCCCCAAACAGCCCCUACCACCCAGGAGAGGGUCCACCAGCGAGGGGGAGAGGAUGGAUGGAGGGGGGAGAGGUAGAAGGGAGGCGGGGGAGACACACGGGGAGGGGGAGGUACGACAGCCCCCUGUGGGUAUAGCUGUGGCGGUCGCCCGGCAGAGAGAGCCCCCCCAACACCCAUCAGACACCCCCCCAGGACACAACCGACAGGGCAGGGCACUGCCCAGUGUGAAAGGUGUGUCUCGGUCUGUGUACCCGCUGGGCUGGGAGGCAGAAGAGAGGAAGAGGAUGACUGAGGAGCAGCUCAGCCUUCAUCACCUUGACCGAGACAGAGAACUCCUCAUCAGGGAAAGCCAGGAGAGAGUGGAGUUUGCCAGGAUCCACCCAUCCAGCAGUUGCCAUGGUGACCUGACCUCUCACCUUCUGGUGCCUGGCGGGGCCAGCCAAUUAGGUGGAGACCCUCCUGCUCACUCCCACCACCAUUGGAUGCAGCGGACUGGAAGUCACUCCCUCUGGAUGGGCCAUUCAUAUGGUCUGAGCCAUGCUGCGCUGCACCAGAGUUUGGGCCCAGGGUUCGGCCCUGGCCUGCCUCUGUCCCAGGACCCCUCUGGCUCCCUGGUGGUCCUGCCCUCUGAGCCUGCACACCACCACCUGGAUGUGAUGGAGCAGUCAGCUCUGUGGCCCUCGGUCUAUGGAGCCCGAGGCCUGUCACCCCACAUGCAGCAUCACUCUGUUUACUCCCGUUCUCCGUUCCUACGACAACAGGAGCUCUAUGCCCUGCAGCACCACCACCACCAACAACAACACAGGGCCAUGGAGCACAUACACCGACAACACACACUCUCACAGAGGAAGGCAGAGGAAACCACUAUCACCAUUGAUGACCGUCCUCUCCAUGAGACCUCGAGAACCUCCCGUGCUGCUAAGCUCUUCUCCCACACCCCUCCCUCCAAGACUACCCCUGCCUCACAGGGGGUGUGUCCUAGCAGCCACCAAUCACCCUGCUGCCACUCCCCUUCCAGGAGACCACACCCCCAGAACCUUCUAAACCCCGCCCCCAGCCCUGCGGCUGCAGCCCCGAGAUCCCCAGCUCUAAGCCCCACACCCUCACACCUGUCAAAAGUAGUGGAGAGAGGGGAAAGAGGAGAGGGGCAGCCACCUCAGGAUUACCCACAAUCCUUAGAACCAGAUCUUCCACCAGGUUACACCUAUCCAGAAAUCGCCAUGCGUUACAAGGCUGAUCCUUCCCUAGAGGAGGCUCGAUUUGCUGAACAUGCUGAUCUAGAGGUGGAGCCAACUGAACCCUGCCCUAAGCUCUGCCCACACACCACAAGGAUUGUGGAGAAUGAGGAUGCGGGAAAAGAGAAGAAGGAGAACGGCUGCACAGUUGUAGAAUCUAGUGGAGUUGCAGAAAGGGAACAAGAAGGAGCAGGGGUGGAUGGUCAAUCAGUAUCUGAGCCCCCACUAUUUGGAGUAAAGACCCCUGAAAUGGUGCCUUGUCCUGCCCAAGUUUCAAACUCAUCCCCAUCCCCAGCCACAGUUCCAUCUCCAGCCCUAAUCUCUGCAUCUGAGGAUGCCCAAAAAGGAGAGGUCUUUGUAGGCAGCCUGGCUCAGCCAGCUGGCUUGAAAGACUCACAACCAGCAGAGGAGAAGAAAGAGGAGGAGAAGGAGGAAAGUUCAGUAGAGUUGAAAAAUAACCACAUACCAGAUUGUACUGAAGAGGAGAAGGAUGUAGAGGAGAAGAAGGAGAGAGAGAAGAGUAAGGAGGAGGAGGUAGUGGAGAAUGAGGAGAGAGAGAAGAGCAAGGAGGAGGAGGAGAGAGAGAAGAGUAAGGAGGAAGAGGUAGUGGAGAAUGAGGAAAGAGAGAAGAGUAAGGAUAAGGAGGAGGAGGUAGUGGAGAAUGAGGAAAGAGAGAAGAGUAAGGAGCAGAACGUAGAGGAGAAGGAGGAGAGAGAGAAGGGUAAGAAGGAGGAGAACGUAGAGGAGAAGAAGGGGGGUAGGAGGAGUCAGAGUGAAGCCUCUGUGGAGUUACUAAGCAGCCCCGAGAAUUCUCCAACCCCAACCCCACCCCAGCCCCAGCCUCAGCAACACCCCCAGCCCCAACCCCAACCCCAGCCUCACCCUCAGCCCCAACCCCAGCCUCAGCCCCACCCCCAACCCCACCCCCAGCCCCACCCCCAGCCCCAGCCCCCAGCCCCAGCCUCAGCCUCAGCGCCACCCCCAGCCCCAACCCCAGCCCCAGCCCCAACUCCAGCACCGUCCUCUACCCUCAGUGAUGAUCCCUGCAUCUGGAGUCUGGAGCUUCUCAUCGCUGCGGCGCUGUGUGCCAGCCGGGAUGAACGCUACCCCGCUAUGCUCCCCUCCACCACACCGCUGCCUGCCCCACGCCCACUCCCACACCGAGGCAUGGAGAUACUGGGAGAGUUGGCUGAGCUGGGGAUACUGCAGAGGAAUAGGGAGAAGGAGAGAGCGACAGGAGGAGAGGACGUUUUGACCUUUGACCUUUGUAGCCUGGCGACCCUGGCUGCGGCUCGCAGUCUGGAGCUUGGGGAAGGAGCUCCAGGGAGUGGGGAGGGGAAGCACUGUCCCGUCAGGAUGACCUUCAACCUGCGACGGAAAUGCAGCUGGACGCCUCGCCACGAGCCGGUGUGUCCGGUGAAGAGUGUCUUGGAGACGGUGGAUGGGGCGGAGCUUGCGAUACGAGUCCAGCUAGCGGAGAUCCAGAGACGUUACAAAGAGAAACAGAGAGAACUGACAAAGCUGCAGAGAAAACAUGACCGCCAGAAAGCAGAGACCUCUCAUAGCCCUGCUCGCAGACGACCCGGUCGCCCCCGGAAACGCAAGUCUACCUCCAGCGCCUCAGACGGCCCCAAAAGACUCAGGGCGGAGGAUUAUGAAGCAGAUGGGAGCAGAGAGAAGCGGAGGAAGACGAUGACUAAUCAAUGCUUCCUCAAGAGGAGGAGAGGUCGUCCCAGCCUGAGCUCCCGACUAGCACGGAGGGUGACCCAGCUGAAGCAGAAGGUUGUGGCCCAGAGAGGUGCACCAUCAGGGGGCAUGCACCGCCGCAGACGGGACCCCAGACCUGGAGCCCACGCAAACUGCAGAGAGAGUGGCACAGCAGCCGAUACAUCCAGUAACCAGCAGGACUGGGUGCCCAAUCAGGGGCUGAGGAGAAGUAGAGGUCGACCAAGGGUCAAACUGGGCGGACCUUUGACCAGAGUCCUCCGCAGAGGAGGUGUGGCCUCUGUGAAGCAGGAAAUGAACGAGGGGAAGAGCAACAGCGAGUGCUCAGGCCAGGAGGAGGAAGAAGAGAGGCGCUAUGACAGCGACGAAGGACUCAAUGAUGUAAAUACAACGAUACCAUCCUCCAAAGACACGCCAACAAACUCUGCUGCGACUGGCCCAGCUGCUAAACUCCAAGCCAAUCAGAAAGCCAGGAGCAAGGAGGAGAGGCAAGGUGAUGAUGUGAGCAUGCCCAGUGUGGCACUGAGGAGGAGAGGAGCCCCCUGCAGGCCAGGCCCUGCUACUGUAGAUGGGAGAUGCCCAGAGCUCCAGGAGCCACAAGGGGCUAGGAGAGAACCUGUACCCAGCUGGAGGGUCUCGUUAGUGGGCAACAGCCUCCAGGACAGCAGGGGGGUCCAGGGACCAGUGGCGGAGGCAAAGAGGAAGAUCUCGGGACAAGAAAGCUUUCUGGGAAAGAGGAGAGGCUGCUGGCUGGAGACUGAGACCCAGAGAGAGGACACCACCAGGGCCAAGAGGAGCAGGAAGAAGCAGGCUAAGGGGCGUGCAGUGAGCCGGCUUCUGGAGAGCUUUGCGGCUGAUGAAGGAUUCCGAUUGGACGAGGAGAGCAGCUUCUCUGAGGGGGAGGAGGAAGACAUGGAGCAUACACCUCACACACACAGAGAACCAGCACUGCUUAACUGUGUGUUGAGCAGGGAGAUGCUGGUGGAUGGUCUGAAGGUGUUGAUAUCUAAGGAGGAUGAGCUGCUGUAUGCUGCCCGACUACACACUCUGGACCUGCCUGACAUAUUCCGUGUAGUGAUCGAGGGGGAGAGAGGGAACAGGCCUAGGAUCUACUCUCUAGAACAGAUAUUACAAGAAGCGGUGUUGGACGUGCGGCCACAGACAGAGGCCAUCCUGACUGCUGGGACACGUGUGUGUGCCUACUGGAGCGAACGCUCCCGUUGUCUCUACCCUGGAAACGUCCACAGAGGGGUUCCGGGCGAGGAGGAGAAGGGCAGUGUGAUGGUGGAGUUUGAUGAUGGAGACAGAGGAAGGAUCUCCCUGCCCAACAUACGCCUGCUGCCCAAUGGGUACCAGAUACACUGUGCGGAGCCAUCUCCAGCCCUGCUCUCAACUGGACGUUGUGGUCGCAGAAGAUCCACCCAGGACAGUAGAGACAAGCCCACAGAGGGACCAAACAAUGAAGAGGCAGAAGGAAGGAGCCAGGAGAGGAGACCAGUUGGACGACCAAAGAAGGUCAAGCCAGAGGCCAAUACUUCAGCCACGACAUCGUCAGAGAGAGUAACCGGGGGCAACACUUCCUCGAUAAGCUGGCCGGCGAAGAGACUUCCAGCGGACUUCUUCCUGUUUAACGGGACAUCCCGUAAAACUCACAGAGUGUGUCGCCAGCGAGACCUGGGGGUGUUCCACCGCCCAGCCACACACCUCCUCACCCCUCCCACACCCCUCAAGUGCAUCUUUAGUUCACCCUUUGAGGUUGACUCUUUCAGUAGCAUCGCCAACGGUUACGCUGGAGCCUUCAGAAGCGGAACCCACCGGCCUGUUACCACAGUAACGCCCCUGCUAAGUGACUCUGUCGCUAUGACAACGGUACCCUCCAACAGGAAGUCGAGUGACAGGUACAGAAAACAGUUCCUGGUGAAGCUGGACCACGAGGGUGUGACCUCGCCCAAAACAAAGAAUGGGAAAGCUCUGCUGCGUUUGGGGGGCGGCAGGGUGCACAAGGGUCCAUCUGCAGGGGUGGAGAGGGCACCUCUCAGGUACAUCCACCCUGCCCUGGUGGUGAAGAAGGGGGCACCUCUCAGGUAUAUCCACCCUGCCCUGGUGGUGAAAGACAGAAAUAAAGGAGAAAGAAGAGGAGAGAGUGGAAUGUCCAAGUCUGAGCCGCCAGCCCUCAGAAAGGGGCUCCCCUCAUCUGGUUUAGUGGGUCUGGGGGGAGAGUUUGGUACUCUGGACUGCCCCAGUGACUGCCCUAGCUCUUACUCUGAGCUGGAUGAAGAUGAUGAUGAUGAUGAUGGAGAUGAAGACGUAGCUCGGAGGAGAGCAGCAGCAGCGGGUGCUGGACGUUUCCUCUCACGUCUCUCUGUUUGCUCCUCGUCCUCUUCCUCUUCCUCCUCUUCUGGCUCCCUCUCUUCUUCCUCCCUCUCUUCUUCCGACUCCUCCUACUCCUCUGACGAAGAAGAAUCUUCAUCCCUCCUUCUCCGCCGAGCACUGCUCCAGCAGCAGAAACACAAACACAAACAGAGCUUGACGUCUAACACCUUAACCCCUGACCCCACCACAAAGCCCAACCCAAGCCCCGCCUCGGCAACACCACACUCCUACGUUGCAAAGGCAGCCAUGUCCGUCACCGGGGAGUCAAAGGUGAGAGGAAGUGAUAGAGGAGAGGACAGGAAGGAGUACGCAUCAAAGGGGAGGACCAAUAGUAGCAGCAGUGCAUCCAAAAGCCAAACCAAGAGGAAAGGUGGACCCGUCUCCAACACACACAGUCUGUCUCUCAACACACACACUCCGACCCCCAACACACACAACCCGGCCUCCCAGCCCAAACCUCCCAAGGACCACCCAGCAGAAAAGAGGCAGAGGAUGUUGUCACCGAUCCCCCAUCCUAAUAUGUCCGCCCUCCUGCCGAGUCGCCAGCUGUGGAAGUGGUCUGGAAAUCCCACACAGAGGCGUGGUCUGAAGGGUAAGGCCCGUAAGUUGUUCUACAAGGCGAUUGUGCGUGGUGGUGAGACGGUGCAUGUGGGGGACUGUGCUGUGUUCCUGUCCCCCGGUCGGCCCCAGCUGCCCUACGUGGGGCGGGUGGAGAGCCUCUGGGAGUCCUGGUCCUCCAGCAUGGUGGUCAGGGUCAAGUGGUUCUACCAUCCCGAGGAGACAAGCCUGGGGAAGAGGCAACAUGACGGAAAGCAUGCUUUGUACCAGUCGAGCCAUGAGGAUGAGAACGAUGUCCAGACCAUCUCCCACCGCUGCCAGGUGCUCAGUCGCACCGAUUACGAGCACCUGAUUCGCCGACGAAAGCCAGGGGGUGGGGCCCAGGAUCUGUUUUACCUGGCAGGGACCUACGAGCCAACCACAGGCCAGCUGGUUAGCUCCGAGGGCGUGGCCAUCGUCCCCUAGCAACAACUAUGGAGUGUAAACAAAACAAAUCCUUAAAGAUGCUAGCCUCAUCUCUCCUGGAUGAAUCCAGCUACUGGUGCUGGUGUUAGUGAAGCAUGGUUCUGUCCAAAUCUAGAAGAGUUGGUUCUAGUUCCUGCUGGUUCUGGAUCUCGGUUCUGGGUCCUAUCUGGGUGUGGACGAUCCCAACCCAAAAAGGGAUAACAGCACUUUGGACCGCAACACUGAAGUCAUCUGAUCUAAUGUGAUCUGAAGAGGGACUACAGUACUCUACUGACCUUCUGAAACUGACAGACAGUGUCCUUCCUCGCUACGUCUUGUCUCCAAGAGUUGUUUUACUGUCUGUCACAGAGUCAAAAACUGUCAUAGACUGACUCUCUGGCAGUUUGUCAGAGAGACUCCUGUGACUCUUACUAGGUUGUUGCUGUAAGUGAGAAUGUGAUGUGUUCACUUCUCAGUCUAGAGACCUGGUUAAAUAAGGGUUAUAUAGAAGACAUAAAAUAGAGAGAGAGAGAGAGAGAGAGAGAGAGAGAGAGAGAGAGAGAGAGAGAGAGAGAGAGAGAGAGAGAGAGAGAGACUACACUGGUGGCUACACUGCUCUGAUGAUAAAUGAAUGACGGCAGGAUUGAGAGAUCCCAAAAGGACCAAAAACACUGUAAUUCUGAAGUGUGUGUGUGAGAGAGAGUAUGUGCUGAGUGGUUGUAAUGGAUGCAUUUGGUCCUUGAACAGCUGAGAGUAAAUAGUGCAUUUGCGGUGUGUUUGCGUGUGUGUGUUUGCGUGUGUGUGCGUGCGUUGGUCUCUCGUCUAGACCUCACCAUGGAAACCCUAGAUGUCUUUAACACUCAAAAAGUAAACCUACUAAACCUAAAUCUAUGAAUAUUCAUAUAUCAAUGGAUUUACUAACCGCUUCUUCUCUAGACAGAAAAUAAGACAAAAAGGAAUGAUUAUUUCUACAGUCAAGCCAUACACUUCAAUACCUCUCAUAUCCUUCUAUUCAGGUACAGCUGAAUGAUUUGUCUAUUUCUGUGUGUUGUACAGCAUUAUGUAUAAAGACUUUAAUAUUCAACUGGACAUAGUAUACAUAUAUAAUAUACAUGAAGAGAGAACUAUAUUCCCCUUUGUUGCUCUUUACGUUGUUAUUUUUUCAAUUACUGUUGAAUAGUUAUUUUGGCUUAGGGGGAGGAGCUUUAAGACUUCUUCUCUUUCUGCACUGAGUACGUUGUGGAGAUGGGAUGGGGUCCAUGAGGGGUAAAGCUGUAAAUAUGCGACAGGAUGGGUUCAAGUCCCAUUUUGGGGGUUAGUUGUGGAUUUAGUGACCGGGGAUAUUUUUAUAAGAAAAGUGGAAAAUGAUUUUUUUGUUCACAUCAUCAUUGGUCUGGUUUUGUAUAUUGUUCUUCUAGGUUUUAUUGUCUAUAAUAAUGUUGCUUAUUCUCCUGUGGGGGUUUCAAAUGUAGAUUUCUUUGUUUUCAGAAAUACUGGAAAGAGUUUUUUCUAUUCGCUGAUCCUUAAAGGUCCAGACUAGAGAGUUCUAGAUGUUCUAUAUCUAUAUAUUCCUAGAGGAAAUCUAUGUCUAUUUAUCUGGCCUAAAAAAAAUACUAAACCAAAGCGCAUCUAUGUUUUGUUUCAUCACAUUAGAAUGCAAUAUGAAGAAAUAUAAAAAUAUUAAAUAUUCAAUAAAAUCUGAAUUCGGAGAUCCCUGCACUCAUAUUCAAGUAGCUCACCUGGGUUUCCCUCCUACCUGUUGGCAUAGGACAUGGCUUAACAUUCACCAUCAUGUUGCCAUGGGAACACAGGAACUUUACCUUCCUGCACGUAGCUUGGCUGUUGCACUUGAAGGCUCCAUGACAACCAUAUGGCAUCUCAUGACUGUGAAGGACAAUCAAAGCCAAUCAAAAGAGGGGAAUGUCUAAAAAAAAAAUGAUUAAGGAUCCAAUCAAAAUUGUGCUUAAUCUUUUCACUUUUCUUCCUGCUUUGCCAAAAAUGUGUCUUUCUGUUUUUAUUUUUAUUUCACCUUCCACCCUUUCCUGCCAGUUAUAUAUGCCUGGGAUGACUGUUUCCAGUGUUGGGGUUUUCACAAGGAGAACAUUAAUGCCUUUUCAUAUGAGACGUACAUGAGCUGACUUUUUUAAACAACAUUGUUGCUGUAACACUAUGACGCAAAAGCUUAAAAUAAAUCUAAUGUGAACAUCCAUGUUAUAUUAUUUUUCGUAGGUCUUUAAACAAUAUUUUAAAAGCUGUAUUUUCUUAAAGAAACACUGGAUUUAGUUCUAAACAUCACAUUGGGUGAAGUGACAUCAUCUUUGCGCAACCUGUUUUGAGACCAACUGGAAACGACUUACUUUGUAGGUUUGGUAUAUAGUUUGUGACAAUUGUCUCAGUCAUUGUUGGAAAUAUGACUAAAAUAUUUCCCCUGUGUAAAAAACAAAGUUAUUUAUCUUAAUUUUAUUGCCUUUCUGUUGCAUUUAAUUAAUUAAAAAAUGCUCAAAAUGAUCAAA